UAACCACUAUAGCCUCUGUGUUUCACAAAUUGUGUCGCCCUUCURGACUUUUUCCCUAUUACAGAGGUCAACACAUUUUUCUGCUGCCUUCUAGRAAAAAGAAUUCACGAUGGGCGAUGAAAAGUUAAGCCGMAAGAUGAUUUUCCCAUACACUUUUACAUCUAAAGUUGUUCAAUUUCCGUUCAAACUACAUUUCAACAAUCACUGGAUGUUUCCAUGGUUUAUCGGAGCAGCUUUCAUGGUUUCGCCUGUAUUUUAUCUGAUUCAGAAAGCUGCUAAUUGUGAAGCUAAUGUAAAAAUUUGGGCAGAGAAAAGGAGAAAGGAAGAAGAACACUACAAACACAAGUGGGAUUAAACAAGAUUCUGAGAAGCUAUGUAGAAUAUAAAAACAAAACAAUUGUCACUCAAAAAUUAAAUUUUAUUUCUAAUAGUGUUACUGCGAAUUUUACAAACAUAUUUAAAUUAAUAAUUAUGUAAUAUACAGCAUAGUUCAGGUUACAUUUUCA